UGCUACCCUAUACCUCCUUUGGUCUCACUUGCCAUGGAUUCUGUCAUCGAAGUGCAACGCCAGACGCACGAAGAGAUUGAGCAUCUUGAGCGCGCGCUCUAUGCCACGCUCUCGAAGACCCAGUCGACACACCAAGUCCGCUUGCAAAAUGAGCACAAGGCUUCCCAGCUUCUCGACCGAAUACACGCGCGCGUCGUAGCCCUCAAUAACUUGUACGAGGACCAGGACACGCGGAAGGCCGAGAUAGACUCUCUUUCUGCUCCACCUCGACAAGAUGACCUUUCUGCGUUCUAUGACCGGCUAAGCAAGAUCCAGGAGCACCAUGCGAAGUACCCGGAUUCAGUUGUCGGCGGCUUCGAGCUUGAGCUGGCGGCUUUUGUUGAUGAGGCGGAGGAGUUGGAUGGCGAGGAGUUUGAGCAGGAUGACCCUAUCGCCUUGCUGUUCUCGGGAGAGGAAGGCUACGGCAAAUAUCUUGACCUGUACGCUAACCACACGACGUACAACAAUCUCAAGCACAUUGGCAAGAGACUGGCAUACUUGCAGUAUCUAGACGUUCUCCUUGCCGCUCAGUCUUCAACUGUUCAUACUGAACUGCCCAAAGAGUGUCGCUUGCAUCGCGAUUAUGAGCUGUACAUCCGAGCUCUCCAUGCUUACCUUUUAUCCUUCAUGAAGCGGUCACAACCCCUGAUCGACAUCGAGUCGCAGCAGCGCGAAGCGGAACAGCAGUUCAACCAGGCCUGGGAGGAGUUAGGGUUAGCGGAAGAGUGGGAGGACUCGAAGCAGGCAAAGGCGGCGACUGGGGAGAACGGGGAGAGCAUUGGUAUUUGGUGUACCGCCUGCCAGAAGAUGUAUUCAAAACAAACCGUCUAUGAUGCCCACCUCAACUCCAAAAAGCACAUCAAAGCUGCCCAGAAGCAAUCUGAAUCCGAUGCACCGCCUCCGAACCCCAAUGGCCCCACACCCACAAACGGUGCACAUUCAGUGAAUAGUAACGGCGAUUCCUCAAAGGCGUCCGACAAGAACAAGCACCGCACCGCCGCCCUUUUCACCCACCUCGUCUCCCAACUCCUCCGCGAGCUUGCCUCGGCGCUGAACGACACGAAGUCCAACGUCGAGCGUCGGUUCUCGCUCACUGCCCGCGAGCGCGAGCAGGAACUGCUCGAGCAGGCGAAGAAGCCACCUCCGCCGACCAAAACGCCCGCGAACGGCGAGGGCGCGGAGGAAGAGGAAGAGGAGGAGCGCAUCUACAACCCUCUCAAGCUUCCAUUGGGAUGGGAUGGCAAACCGAUCCCUUACUGGCUGUACAAGCUGCAUGGCCUCGGCGUGGAGUACCGGUGCGAGAUCUGCUCAGACCACGUGUACAUGGGAAGGAAGAACUUCGACAGGCACUUUCAGGAAUCGAGACAUGCCUUCGGUAUGCGGGCGCUUGGUCUGCCCAAUACGAAACACUUCCACGAGAUCACUCGUAUCGAGGAUGCCCUAGCACUCGCCGAGAAGCUCAAGCGCGAGGGCCGAACAGAGAUCUUCGAGCAGGAAACUAUGGAGGAGCUGGAGGACGAGGAGGGUAACGUCUACAACCGCAAGACAUACGAGGACCUCAAGAAGCAGGGUCUUAUCUAGUUCGCCUCCGCCCGCCUCAUCAUGAUGUUCUUGCUCUCUCUGCAUGUAUCCUCUAUUUGCAAUGCAAGCAAUAUCCUUGCUGUAAUAUACAUUCUGGACUGUUGGUCU